CCCGGAAAUACACUGCUGUGGCUGGGGGAAGAUGGCGUUAUGAGCGGCUCCAGACAGAGUAACAAAAAGUAGGGCAAUAGACUCAAGAAUUAACUAUUAACCAGCGUUUAAGCUUCACAAAAGGACAACAAAGCCCAGCCUUACAUAAGUCAUAAAUGUAUAUCAAUAUAGCCGCUCGCUGAAUUAUGUGAGGGCUCGCCACAGAUGGACAAAGACAGACUCGCAGCUGGUCCAUGCUCAUGGCUGGAUAUGCAUCAUUUUAUUGGUGACCUUAUGGCAGCCAGUGCUACAGUCACUGGUCAUCCAAUGGCAGAGCGACGUACUGAGGAGACACUAAGUUCUUGGCCCAAAGUCCCUCAUCCUCCUCAGUCCAUCCCAUCGAGACAGAACCCUGUGAAAAAUGCUGUUCGGUUUGGUGUGCAGUCUGAGGAAAGGGAGCCCAGACAUAAUGAAAGCCAUGCUCACCGACGCACCUGCACAUGUCCAGGCUGCCCUCUUUCCUCAACUCCCUCUAGUUCCUCAUUUCAGACCCUGAAACCCAAAGCCAGCUCGGCCUCACAGAUCCAACCACCUUCAUCCACACAGUCCACCCCACUGCAGCAGGCCAAAGAGCCCAGCACUGCCCCGGUCAGCUUGGGCUUGUGUCUAGGUUUGGGUCUCUCUCUGGAUGAAGAAAACACCGGUUCAAGCAGCACAUCUCGUCCCCCCCAGCAAGAGGACAAAGGCACCAGCACUCAUAGCCCAAUCCCCCAGUCAAAUCCAGAGUCCCCAGGUGUUUCACCUGCUCAAGCAUUUCCAUGUGUAUGCUGCCAUCGUGGGUUUCAAACUUGUAGCCAACUUUUAUCUCAACAAAAGGACCCAGAGUCACAAAUUGCCCACCACUACUACCAUCACCACCAUCAUCACUGUCCGCUCAGCAGCUGCACGUCAUGUACACACCCUUCAUUCCCUUGCCUGUCCUGCCAGCGCACCUUCCCCACAUGUGCCCAACUCCUGCGCCAUGAGCAGGGUCAUGCGCAGCAGGAUGGCCUGCAGCAGCUCUCAUGCAUGCACUGCAAUGCCUCCUUUCCACGUCCGUCACAGCUGCUGCAACAUCAGCGCACUCAGCACGCAACUAAAGCGGGUGGCUUUCUGUGUGCUGAAUGCGGCCGUGCGUUCAAUUCACACAGCAAUCUGCGCAUCCACCUCAACGUGCACACUGGUGCCCGGCCAUACAUCUGUACCAACUGCGGAAAGAGCUUCAGCCAAUCUGGCGCCCUUAAGAUUCAUCGCAGAAUUCACACCGGAGAGAGGCCGUACACCUGCUCAUACUGCGGGAGGGGAUUCCCUCACCUGGCUGGGGUGAGAGCUCAUCAGCGCAUUCACACUGGUGAGAAACCGUACAUCUGCGGUCAAUGUGGAAAGUGCUUCACUCAAUCUGGAGCUCUGAAGAUCCACACUCGCAUACACACCGGGGAGAGACCUUUCGUGUGUGGUCUCUGUGGGAAGAGCUUUUCCAACCGCUCCGGCAUCCGCUUUCAUCAUCGCACGGUUCAUGGCAUCGUAAUGGAGCCCAACUCUGUGGGCAGGCCUAGCCUGGCUGCUUCUGCUUCAUCCCAAGUUUCAGACAUCCAAAGAGUUCAAGUCUCCGCUGUCAACCAGAUUCAUUUUCGGCAAAUAGAAGAAAGGAAUUUGCCAAGUAAAGAGUUGGUUCAGCCCAGUAAAGAGCAGUUAAGUGGGAAUGCGGACAAAUUGGCCCUUCCGUAUGCCUGUGAGGAUUGUGGUCAGCGCUUUCCAGAUGCUCCUUCUAGAAACAGACACCAGACGCUGCAACACUACUCUCUGGAGGAGCAAGAGAAAGAAGACACUGGCUCUAGUAAAACUAACGAUUAAACAAAACAGCUGACAUUUUUUGUUUAUUCAAAAUAGAGGAAUUAACGAAGAAGUAAUGUAUUAUUUUGUUAUCUUUUAAGUCAGAUUUUGAGCUUAUGCGAAGCUGAACCAAGUCCAACAAGGGAUUUCUAUCCCUUCUCCACUUUUUAUCACAAAAGGAAUUAUCUUUCCAUGUUCACUUCACUGUACUUCCAAUCUUAACAGUCAUUACCGAUCACCAUUUAUUUAUAGUAGAGAUUUAAGCUAAGCUUAAAAACUACAAUCUCUGGACUUAUAGUGUCCCUGACACUGAAAUUUAACGACUCCUAAAAGAUGAAUCCUUGUCUGGCCAUCUGAAAUAUCGGUACGAAGAUAUAGCUUGGGACCAUGAAUUUCCUGUGGGAUCACAGAAGUAUAUCGAUGCCAUUUGCCGUUAUCUUUUGGAGUCUAAUAGACUGCCUGAACCCAUAAACUGUGACGUAUGACGUCAGACUUGAUAAACAAGUUUUUUGUUUUGGUCAUAUCAUAUUCACUUGGCUGUGAUUUGUGCCUCUAAAAUCAAAUUGUGAUGGCCUGUAAUUGUGGAACUGCACCUUAAACUUUAGUAGCUUUGCUAAUCAGUAUAAAUGUAUUUGAUCUUAUGUUACAAAACUAGCUCUAAUUUUUCCACAUCAGACAGAAAGGUGACCAGAAAGGUCACUGCAAAGCAUUUAAAUCACUGAAACCGUUCCACCAGCAUGAUUAAAUGUGCAGAGGAAUCCAUAUGGGAAUUGGAUUGUAACGGAAUGUUUUAAAUGCUACACAUGCUAAUUUACAACCUUUUGGUCUGAUAGUGGAAAGUGCUUUGUUUUUAAUUUUAGCACAUCAUAUUUAUGUAAAUGGAAGUUUUUAGCUUUUAGCUUUAAAUAUUUAUUUUAAUGUUCAAAUGAACCUCUAAGGUUGCUUUGAUGAUGAAAACAUGAGGGAGAAGUUAGGCAGAAAACAGUUCUCUAUUGUGCAUUGGCUGAAAUAAUGUAAUAGUGCCUUUCUUAAUGGGAAUCUUGCAAAGCACAUGCAAUCAAAGGCAAAUAUUUCUAUUCUGGUCUUAAAUUCAACAAUUCGGUAUGGGCAUCAGCUGCUAGAAUUGUUGAGUAAAUGUGGUUUUAAAUUAAAUUUAUGUUCGUACCAUAUUUAAAGGCAUAUUGACAUCAUUAAGACAUGUACCUGCCAGGUGUAUAUAUGCCCUCUGCAGUGUCUGAAAAUACUUAAGACUCCAUGAAGUGAGCGGGCUGCCAUUUUCACAACUGGCCAAAGGUUUGUAGUUAAAGAUAUCUGUAAGUACCUCUGUAUUAUUACUCAUAAUUAAAAUUUGGUAAACUGU